UAGCGAAAAAUCGGGCCAACCAUACCAAUGUAUUUAUUCUUUGCUAAAGUUUUUUUACUUGAAUGGCCGGAUCGGACGGCUAAGAUUCUUGCCAACGUGGCGGUUUACUGGCCGUCCACGUCAUUGUGAUCGAGAUCAUUAUCUGCAUUCCUAUGAGACCACGUCACCCAAGGGGAAAGUAAUAUUACAGGAUUUUUCUAGUGCUAGGGUUUUGCGAGCUUCGAUCGAGAGGAGUUACUGUAGAUCGAGAAUCGAGAUGACUGCCGCUCAGCUGGGAGAGUGCCUGUCCUACGUCGUUUCCAGGUCUGGAAAGGUCCUGGAUUCGUGCGGCCGGGUGUUACAGGACAUUGUCCCGACAAAUGCUCCAGAUGCCGCUCGAGCGCUUCCACUGGCGUCGUUCGAGGGAGAGCCCGAGAGUUUCUUCAAUCUGGCAGCUAUGGUGCUAGCGUCCGGGGACUCCAUUCCUCCCAGCGCCGCCGCCAAAAAGAGGAAGUUCCAUCAGCUUGCCUCUCGCAAGCCGGCCUUGGAGAAGAAAGGCCAAAGGACUUGCGUGUGGGAUGACGAGGUCGGUUCGCUUGAGGAUGUUGCCCGAGCGAUCUUGCGGAGGCAAAAGAGAGUGUUUGGACGGAAGAGCUCGCGCGGACACUCCGAGCGGCACCGCAGGCUGGUCCAGCAUCUCAAAGUUGGCGUCUCUCAGAUGUUUAUCCUGCAAAGGUGGGAAAGAGGCUCGCGAGAGCUCCCCGCAAGGUGGGCGUCUUGGCUCUUGAAGAUGUUGAGGAGGACCAAACCACCUCCGCAAGCUUUGCAACGCUUUCUUUUUACCGCCAUAGUCGCGAUACUUCCCGUCAUUUGUUGCAGUCUUGUGUGCCAAACGCUUAGCAUCCUGCCUGACUCGGAGGUCCUAAAGUCUGUGGACAUCCUGUGUAGUGCACUUGAGAAGAGCUGGGCGUGUUUCUCUCCUUUCCAGUGGGAGAUUCUCGAAGAACGCAUAUACCAGUGCAAGCAAGUGCGACAAAAGGCAGGGACAUGGCUGGAGAGACGGUCAAAACCACGAAACAAUCUACCUCUUCUCGAAACGAGCAUGCCCAUGCAAAGUGACAAUCAGCGUGCCAGAAAAGCGGAUGAUCCGUCCUUGUCAAGUUCGUCCGAUGAAUACGCAGUUUACAACGACGAGCAAUUGAGUAACGAGUUGGUGCUGUCCGAAGGAGUGAAUGCGCUGGUUCGACGGGCUCUGCGCGAACGACAGAUUCUACCUUAUUUCAAAAAGAAUCCUGCUCCUUGCAUCGACGCUACUGCAGUACCCGUCUCUACGCAGUGCCCAUUAUCUGGGUCGCGUUUAAAGGUCCCUGCACGAGGAAUGUCAUGCACGCACUUAACUUGCUUUGACUUGGAGUGCUACUUGAAGGAAAAUGCGGAGCUUGCAGCCGGUAUUGAUAAACAAACAGAAGCUACAAUGUGGCGAUGUCCAUAUUGUGGCUCUGAUGCCACUUGGCCCCAGAUCGUAGUGGACGGCUUUAUUUUAAGGAUACUCAAAGCGUUGCCUGGCAAUAUUCCAGCGGUUUUAAUCUGGCCAGAUGGAAGGUGGGGUGCCAUGGAAACUAUUCCCGUCGAGAAGAAAGAGAACUCGAGUGGCAACGAUAACAAUCACGAUGACUAUCACACUGGUCUGUCACGCGUUGGUACAGUAAUGUCACAGCAACAGGGGCGCAACGUCAAGCCACGCCUGGACGAGACGGACGAGUCAACGUGGGACGUGAAAGACGACAGAUCUCGGGGAAGCCGUCGGCUGGACGGUGACGUAUCAGGCAACGAGGCCUCGUGUGACCGAGUUACUACGUCGGCUGGCACUUCCAGCAACAAGUCGGACGAUGAGCAGGCUGGAGGACUAAGUCACGAUGUUGAUCACGCGACGGCAGCGAUGAAAGAUGGUGCCGCGGUUGACUUGCCUGCUGCUCCGAGCAGGAUUCUCCCGGUUCUACUCGAAAUCAACCUCCAAGAUCUGAUCAAGAGCACGCUGAACAAGGCCAGGUCCAACGAGGCAGCAGAGGCCAGCGAGCAGGGAUUAAACGUGUGUGAGGGACAGCGAGGUUGCUUCAAGCCCAUCGUGACGCGCGUGGAGCCUUUCAGCGUGUCUCGGGGCUAUGGCUGAUAAAAACUAAAUGAGGAGGGAGUGUGGUACCACGUUGUUUUUAAUGCUAACCAGCUGGUUGGUGCUUUUUUU